AUGAGGGUUUGUCUCUCUCUCUGUGUUGGCGCUGCUGCGCUGCUGCCGGCCUACGGCCUCAAGCUCGUGGAGGACUCCAAAACCCUAAACCCUAAACCCUCGGACGAGGGUUUAGGGUUUGAGGGACCGCAGCAGCAGCUGCAGCAGGAGGCGGUAGAUGAGGCGCAAGCAGCCACCCCAGCAGCAGCAGCAGCAGCAGCAGCAGCAGCAGAGGCGCAGCUCUUUGCAGAGGCAGCAGCAGCAGCAGCAGACGACGACGACGCAGCAGCAGCACAGAACUUCGCCGACGCAGCAGCAGAAGCAGCAAAUCAGGCAGCAACUCUGGCAGCAGCAGCAGCAGCAAAUGAGGAAGACCAGCAGCAGCAGCAGCAGCAGCAGCAGCAGCAGCAGCAGCAGCAGCAGGAGUCGAUUCACAUAUUUGCUCCUCGGCAGUUCCGCUUCGCCGACCCCGCGAGCGGGAAAGCCCUGACGGUUUACUUCCACAACACAUUCGAGCCGUUUGACUGGCUGAGCUGCUCGGCGCUGCACUCCUUGCCGAGUGUAUGCAGCCAGCACCCGCGGUGUACGUACACCUCGGGGGCGGCGGGCGGGGGCGGGAAAGCCGGCGGAAAUGAAGACUUUUCGUCAUUUGAUUUAAUUUUAAAAACUAAAAAUAAUUUAAUUUCAAAUUUAAAUCCCAAAAGAAUUCAAAACGGCGGCUGUUUCCUCUCGAACGCCUACUUGGCGCUCGCCGCCGACUCCCUCUGCGACCGCGCUGCUGUCGUCAUUGACGCAAUGCAAGAACUGGGGGCGGAUCCCGAGCCCCUGUUGGUGGCUCUCGAGGAGGCCGGAGCAGCAAACCCUCAAAGCAUCUGCGGACUCGUCAAAGAGCUGGCUACGGAGUUGCUGGCGACGGAGCGGAACUUGCAGCCGCUGCCAGAGGGCGCAGUGGUGGAAACCCUAAACCCUAGCGAGGGAAGGGGUUCUGCAGCCAAGGGUUUAAACUCCCCGCGGCUCGUAAACCCUAAACCCCACCUGCAGAUGUACUCCAGCAGCGCCAAACCCGCAACGGCAACGGCUACGGGAACUGAGCCAAGAAUUCGCAUAGGCAUUAAUGGCUUUGGGCGAAUUGGGCGAUUGGUGUUUAGAAUUGCAAGCAAAAGAAAAGACAUGGCGGUGACGCACAUAAACUCGAGCCUGUCUGCGGAGUACUUGGCGUACUUAAUAAAGCACGACUCCGUGCACGGGCGCUUCAAAGGCCAAGUGGAAAGCAAAGAUGGAAAAUUAUUUUUUGGAAAUAAUGAAAUAAAACUUUCGCAAGAAAGAGACCCUUCUAAGAUCAGGUGGACAGACACCUCAGCGGACUUCGUUUGCGAAAGCACUGGCGCUUUUUGCACCUUCGAGCUCGCCAGCCAGCACGUCGACAGGCCUGGGGGUGCGCGUCACGUGGUGAUAUCGGCUCCUGCGAAGGACGAAGUGACUCCGACUUUGGUGGUUGGCGUAAACGCGGAAGCAAAUUAUUCUCCGGAGAUGAAAGUUGUGUCUUGUGCUUCUUGCACGACAAAUGGAUUAGCUCCUUUAUUGAAAGUUUUGGACGAGAACUUCGGGAUAGAAGAGGGUUUAAUGACGACAGUGCAUGCAGUGACGAGUUCGCAGAAGACCGUGGACGCGGCCAGCAGCGGCAGCAGCAAGGCCCGCAGCAGCAGCAGCAGCAGCAGCAGCAGCAGCAGCAGCAGCAGCAGCAGCAGCGCGUGGCGCAGCAACCGCGCAGCAGGCAGCAACAUAAUUCCCGCAGCAACGGGAGCAGCAAAAGCCAUUGCCAAGUGCCUGCCGCAGCUCAAGGGGAAGAUAACGGGAAUGGCAGUUAGAGUUCCGACUUUAGAUGUUUCUUUAAUAGACUUGACUUGCAGACUGCAGCGCAGCAGCAGCUACGAGCAGCUGCUGCAGACUGUUGCUGCUGCUGCUGCUGCGGGGCCCCUCAGGGGCCUCCUGGGCUACACGGAGCAGCCAGUGGUGUCUUCAGAUAUUAUCGGCACUGAGUGCAGCACUGUCUUCGACGCUACUGCGGGUUUAAUGCUAAACCCUAAUUUUGUAAAACUCAUUUCUUGGUAUGACAACGAGGCUUCUUAUGCCGCCAGACUUGUCGAUUUAAUUGCAAUAAUGGCGGCCAAAGACGGGAUUGUCGAGCCGGGAGUGGGGCUGAAUCGCAGGACUUUCGACGAGGAGUGA